AUGGAGGUGUAUACUGAGAAAGGCAGGGGAGACGAUAAUACCAAUAAUACUACUUCGUUAUUUCUUGCUUCUCUACUUGUUGUAUUAGUUACCAGUGCCCAUAUCGCAGGCCGCGGAGGGGUUUCGUGGGAAAUGAUAAGAUUAAUUCUUGUAAUUAUUGUGCUAGUCUCCCUAGUACUGUAUACAAGUGGCACUUUUCAACUUAUGGGUGAUAUAGUGAAAAUUGUUCGCAACAGCGAUACCUCACUUCGCUCUGCUGCCGGUAUUGGAAAGUUCUGCAGAGAUGUUCAGGCACUUGCAGAAAGUCAAAUGUUCCGUGUACUUCUUCUUAUUACUGUAGUGUACCUUUUCCUUCAAACCCUUUGUGUGCCAGGCACUGUUGUGCUUAAUGCGGCAACAGGUGCGGUAAUUGGUACUCUAUUAGGAGUACCGUACUGUACUUUAUUAGGAACCGUUGGGGCUUCUUGUUGCUAUUUACUCUCUAACUAUGUUGGGAUGCGUCUGGUGGAGCGGGUGGAUGCGAGAUUGAUGAAGGGCAAAGGCCUUUCCAAGAUACGCACACAAGUUCAUCGACACCGUAGUGAACUCUUUGUCUAUCUUCUCUUUUUACGCCUCACCCCUAUUCUUCCAAACUGGCUGGUGAAUUUAGCCUCACCCGUUGUUGGUGUUCCCAUCCGCGUCUUUGCCCUUGCGACGUUUGUGGGUAUUGUGCCGCAGACGUAUUUAACGGUGCGAUUUGGGGCGUUUGCGCGGGUGUCGGGGACUGCGGGCCGCACUUCGAUUGUGUCGCCGUGGGAUACUUUACUGCUGGCGGUGAUUGGCGCGGCGAUAGUGGCGGCGAUGGUGUUGAAGCGGCGGUUUAUGCCCGCGGGGGCGGCGGGAUUAGAUGCGAGUGGACGGGCAAUGGUGUUUGCCGUGUGA